UGUAUAAAGCACCCACAAGGUACCGGUGGUUGAAAACACAGUCCACGCGGGAUUAGCGAGUGACGAAUUUCCGGUCAAGGGUGGGCCAUUUAAAAAUCAUUCCUACCUCCCCCGCUCUUGCCCUGCAGGUGUAUACUCGUCAGUCGUCAAGUGUCCACUUAAUUUGAGUGCUGAGGGAAUUGGGUGUGUCGUUUAAGUAUUUGGACCGUAAACCAGGAGGCUCCUGAAGCGCGGAUUGCUAGACUCUUUUUUUGCGAGUGUUGGCUCCUUCAGACCGUCUAUCUAUAUCUAUGUUUUCACAUGUAUAUUUUCGCUUCUGCUUUUACGAACAGGUUAACAUCACUUUCAUCCGAAUGGAAUUCCUCUAGAACGCAAGGUCUUCAGGUCAAUAACCAACCAUGAGUUAGAAGACUUAAGCUAUGUGAUGUUUAAUAAAUAAGAAGAUAUGAAACAUUUCCUUCUGACUAUAUAUUUGAUGUUGCAGUGUUGCUAUGCCCUGUGCUCCCUCCCUGCUCCAGUCAAUGUUUCCAUAGAGUCCCUCAACUUCCACCAUGUUCUACGCUGGCGCGCCGGUCCAGGCACACCUCCUGGGACGGUGUACAAGAUCAGCCGCAGAAAAAACCACAGCCUGCAAUUUCUACAUCAAACCAACAUGACAAGUCAUAGGCUGGAUCUAAAGUUCCCCAAAGAAGAGCAUAAAUUCUGUGUUUGGGCCUCCCGUAACCUCUCAGAGUCGCCCGUGGUCGAGACCACCUUCACCCCCUUCACACAGACUGUUAUUGGCUCUCCAAUAUUGUCUUUGGAUGGAUGUGGCAACUGCCUGGAAAUCAACAUCACACUGCUUGAGAUAGAAACUAUUAAAAAGAUCUAUGGGAAAUCCUUAUCUUUUGACAUCUACUGGAAGAGAGCAGGAGAGACAAAGCCCCAAAUGACCCAAACAACUAAUUUAGCUUACAUGCUGGAGAACUUGGAGGUGGGUAUGGAGUACUGUGUGAGGGUGUACACAAGGAUCAUCACCAACCACAACACACGGUCCUCUGGGUGGAAGUGUGCUUACACCAGCAUUCUGGAGCCCAACAGAGUCCCUGCUGUUGUAGCUGGGGUGUCUGUUGUCCUCAGUGUGAGUGGGGUAGGUCUGAUGUUUCUCACGUUUGGCCUGUUCUACAUGGGGUUCCUGUGCAAGCUGAAGACCCACCAACCUAGAGGACUGACUGCCCUGGUGGAGGGCUUCUUCCUCAUCCCAGAGAGGACGAUCCCUGACUUGGUCUCUAUAUCUUCUAAGACAGAGGAACAAGGGAAGGCCUGCAGAUCAAAAACACACCAUGACAGAGAGAACUCUAACCAAGCAGGUGAGGAGGAGGAAGAAGAAGAGGAAGAGGAAGAGGGGGGAAACGACGACUACAUGGACCGCCCUGUGGGGCUCUCCUCUGACAGCAGCUCUAGCACCACACAGUCCCAGGAUGCAUCAGGGGCCAACGUAGCCCUCAUUGACACCGCAUGGCAUUCUGGGGGAUUGAGUUCUGGGGUAGCUGCUGCUGAGGAGGAAAGGGAAGCUCCUGUGGGUGUGAUGGUGCUAGGAUGUCAGGCUCAGGGAGAGGUCACAGGUGAACAGGCGAGGGUCAUUUCCAGCUUUGACGGAGACCGACCCAGACCUCUGGGACUUGGAGGGUUGGGUGGAGAGGAGGAGAAAGAAAGAGAGGAGAAGGAGACCUCUGGUAAUGUCAAUCUGUUCUCUGUGACUCUGGGGGCAUUAAAGAGGGAUGAGGAGGAUGAGUAUGAAGAGGAGACAGACUUUCUAUUAGAAUUUUCAAAACAGGAGCAGAAGCCUCAACUUCCCAUAGACUCCUUACAGAGGAACUUACGACUGGGCAGCAUGAGAUCUCCGAGUGAGAUACAGGAGGAUACAGGCCUAGUACUGACACUGCCACAGACAGUCUGCACAUGGAUAUACUCUGAAUAUUCAAAUAGACAUGCUGACAGCAGCACAGAGACACACUCUGGCUACCUUGUAACGCACACAGGCACUGAGCAGGCUGACAAUGAGACAGAAGAAGAGGAGGAAGACUUAUCAGGGUACAUGGGGCAUUGAUUAUUGUGUAUGUGUGUGGCUCUGUAAUAGUGUUCCUUACCCGAUAACUGCACAGAUAUUUACAUUUACGUCAUUUAGCAGACGCUCUUAUCCAGAGCGACUUACAGUAGUAGUGAGUGUAUACAUUUUUUUUUUUAUAGUAGCCCCCCGUGGGAAUCAAACCCACAACCGUGGCGCUGCAAGUGCCAUGCUCUACCAACUGAGCUACACGGGACUAUAUUCCACUUGGUUGGAUAUGCUGUCUCACAUAAGCCUACAUUCCUUCCCAAUUAUUGCCUUCUGUUGAGGAUGUGUAAUUAAAAUAUUAAUUUCCAUAAAAUGCCAUGCACUUGUU